UAGCUGUGGAUAUCUUCCUUUUAAUCUCCCAUAAUGCCUCAUUCGAUUAUUGUCAAUGCUCUCCAACCGUGUACUGUCCCUUCAAACAUCUAAUUCCCUCAGCUGAGCAAGUCAGUGGAGUCUUUUCCUUGAAAGGGAAAUCAAAGAGCAAAAAGGGGGAGAAAACCUCCAUCUGCACUGCACAGUUCUUCGGCAAAAUUUUGAUGGAUUAUUGAAAAAGAAAACCUAUGGCAUGUAAAGCUUACCAUGGGUGACUGGGCAGAGAGAUUUUACUGGACAUUUUUUCAGCAUAGAGGCAUGGCUUGGCUGCUCUUCUGGAUAUACUACAUUGCCUUAUGGACAAAUAAAGGUUUUGGAGACUCUUCUGUCUAUGACAAUUUUUACUCUGAAAAUAUAACACGCAUCUUGGAUAGAUUACUGGAUGGUUAUGACAACAGACUACGUCCUGGAUUUGGAGGUCGUGUUACUGAAGUCAAAACUGAUAUCUAUGUAACAAGCUUUGGUCCAGUUUCAGAUGUUGAAAUGGAAUACACAAUGGAUGUUUUUUUCCGGCAAACAUGGAUUGAUGAGCGACUAAGAUUUGAUGGACCCACAGAAAUACUUAGGUUAAAUAACUUAAUGGUCAGUAAGAUCUGGACUCCCGACACUUUUUUCAGAAAUGGAAAAAGGUCAAUCUCUCACAAUAUGACAACCCCUAAUAAACUUUUCAGAAUCAUGCAGAAUGGGACAAUCCUCUACACAAUGAGGUUGACUAUCAAAGCAGAAUGUCCAAUGCGGCUAAUGAAUUUUCCUAUGGACGGACAUGCAUGCCCUCUUAAAUUUGGAAGUUACGCUUAUCCCAAAAGUGAAAUUAUGUAUACAUGGAAAAAGGGUCCACUGUACUCAGUUGAAGUUCCAGAAGAGUCUUCCAGUCUUCUACAGUAUGAUCUUAUUGGUCAAACAGUUUCCAGUGAAACAUUAAAGUCUAACACAGGUGAAUAUGUUGUUAUGACGGUACAUUUCCAUCUGCAAAGAAAAAUGGGCUAUUUUGUGAUACAAACCUAUAUCCCUUGCAUAAUGACCGUCAUUCUUUCCCAGGUUUCUUUUUGGAUCAACAAGGAAUCUGUUCCAGCCAGAACAGUUUUUGGAAUUACAACGGUUCUAACAAUGACCACUCUAAGUAUCAGCGCAAGACAUUCCUUCCCCAAAGUGUCCUAUGCAACUGCCAUGGAUUGGUUCAUAGCUGUUUGCUUCGCAUUUGUCUUUUCUGCGCUCAUUGAGUUUGCAGCGGUAAAUUAUUUUACCAAUCAACAGGCUAAACAGGCAAUGAUAAAAGCAGCUAAAGAAUCUGCAUUAACAGCCGUGGCUGUGACAGCAUCAGCUGAAGGAGAAAUUGUCACGCAUUCUGAUUCCAACUGCAACUUAAAGAAAAGAAUGAACUCGAUGGUCUCUCAAGAAAAUGUGUCUCUAGAAGACAACUUACCUUCAUUCAGUACAUACGGUCAACAAAUCAUUGCUCAACCUGCAGACUUUUCACAGCUAGGAAUGUCAUCAAGUCCUCUAAGUGGUACUAGUAAAAUAGAUCAAUAUGCAAGAAUACUAUUUCCAAUGGCAUUUGCAGGAUUUAAUCUAGUAUAUUGGGUCGUUUAUCUUUCUAAAGACACAAUGGAGAUGAAUAGCAGUAUGUGAACUUUUAAAGAACAAAAGAAAUUAAAAUAAGUGAUUACAAAACACAUUUAAAUCUAAAAAAUGUUUGGAUACAUUAAAAGUAUGUCCUGAUUUAUGUGAAAAAAUAAACAUUUUUAUGGGCCAGCGCCAUGAACCAUGUUCAUUUGGUAACUUAUCCUGAUGAUCCGCUCUUCCUGCUCUCAACACACUGCAGUCUUAGUUGUAAACCUGAGAAAGGAAGGUUUGUAUUUCAAUGUAUUUUUUUUACACCUCACAUUUUUGUUCAUAAUUUAUUAUUAUUUCUUUACAUCAUUUUCAUCUUAUUAUAUCUUUUCAACUUUUCAUGUUACAACACUUAAGAAAUUACACUCUGCUACAAUGUAAAGUAGUGAGUGCACAGCCUGCAAAACUGUUAAUGUUGUGUCCUCUCAAAAAAACAACACACAGCCAUUAAACAGACAGAGGUGUCAGCAGAGAGUAGAAGCAAAUCCCUAUAGCAAACUUCUCCUACUCUGGAUAGUCCCAGACACGGAAAGAGGUGUUACAGAGAGCACUGUGGCUACACUGGAAGGAACUACACAACUUCCUCUGUAGUAUACAGCAGCUGAUAAACACUGGAAAGUUUAACAUUUUAAUAUAGAAGUAAUUAACAGAUCUGGAACCAGUAGAUUUGAAAAAAAUAAAUAAAAAUUCAACAGGAGUACCCAUUUAAGCUUCUUGGGGAUGGAGUUCACCAGAGCUGCAAAGGUUGCCACUGGAGUCCUCUUCCUCUCCUCCAUUGCGACAUAAUGUAGCUGGUGGAUGUCAGACACUCCCCCAUCUUCUGUUUUAGGAUGCCUUACAGAUGCUCAAUAGGAUUUAGUUCUAGAGACAAACUUGGCUAGUCCAUGACCUUAACCUCAGCUUCUUUAGCAAGGGAGUGGUCACCUUGGAGAUUUGUUUGGGGUCAUUAUCAUGUUGGAAUACUGCCCUGUGACCCAGUUUCAGAACGGACAGGAUAACGCUCUGCUUUAGUAUGUCACAGUACAUGUUGGCAUUUAUGGAUCCCUCAAAUAACUGUAGCUUCUCAGUGCCAGCAGCCCCAGACCAUGAAACCCCCUCCUCUAUGUUUGACUGUAGACAAUACACACUCAUCUUUGUACUUCUCAGCUGGUUACCUUGAUAUCAUCUGAACCAAAUAGGCAGACAAAGGACAUGAAUUACUGCAACCAUUUUUUGUGGUCCAAUGAUACCAAAAUAAACUUG